AUGGCUUCCCCGGAUUCUCUUUCUGCCGUUUAUACUAGCGGCCUGCGUCGCCAGCCAUCCUCCCGGCAAACGUCCCGCGCCUCCUCGAUCUCUCGUUCCGGCUCCAGGCGCAAUUCUCCGGAAAUUCAAAACUUGGCGGCAAUUCGAAGCAAUGGCGUGCCCCUCUCCAAGCGAUACUCGGCCGGCGACAGUUCCGAUGACGAGGUUCCAGAACCGAAGUUCAGUGCCUCUGUGAAAGCACUCCUCGACGAAGACGGCUUGGAUUCGUCCCCUCGUCACAGUAGUGACAAACAAGGAAAUUAUCAUACAACCGACCGUGCGGCCUCGGCGACAAGCCAAGAGAGACGGUCUAGGACAACUUCUCCGCAAGACCGAUCGAAUGGGAGUCCGGCGCCUCGAGUCGUUCGCAUAUCGCCGGGCCUGUCCAGCAGUACAAAACCCCGGCGGGAAGGAUCGCUUCUAUCCAAUAGCGAAAGUGCAGGAGCCGAUGUCGGACCGCUAAAGCACUCGGACGACUUCAUUACGCCGGCUCCUCGACAUCGCAGCGUCCGCAUCAACGGGUCGCGAAGUCAAACACGGUCCCCGACAUCGAUAUCACCUUCUCAAAAAAGAUCAACGGAAAGAAGCUUUGCAGAUGAACAGAGCAGUGCGGAACGAUCUGAAGGGGAGAGUAGGAUUCGGUACGAAGAUGAAUACGCUCCUCGCAUCGGUGGUGCAUCGUCGGUGCUCCGCGCCCGCAACGUAGAAGACCUGGGCAUGCAGAGCUCGUUACGCGUGAAAAGGGUCGGAAGACUAACGGGGACAUUCCUCAAUGGGCCGGCGCGGAGAGGUGUCCUGCGACGGCAAAGCGAGGAGAACGAUGACCCGCAAAACCAUCUAGCCAUGCAUGGAGCAAAGGAGUCAGAGCUAUAUCCAAACGACCACAACGACGAGUAUAAGUACAAGAAUACAGCGAGAUCUUCAUCCCCCAAAGUCUCAUGGGCAGACACCAGCCAUCAGCGGAGAGAGGAUGGAUCUAGGCCGGGGCCAAUUGGGACUUCAUCCGGCAAUGCCUUGUACCCUAGAUCAUCAUCGCCCAGAUCCUAUGGUUCACAUUCGAAGAUGACACCGGGUUCCUCUUCUGAGGUGUCGUCCAAUCCUUCCAGCGGAAAAGAACCACAGCAGCAGCAACAACAACCCGUCUUUAAUGUUCCCCCUCCACCCACACUGCCUGCUGCUCGCGACCAGGAAAAUGAGCCACCACCAACGUUUAGGCGCGUCAAGCCGCAGGGCUUCAACAUGCUUGAUAAACCAGAGAAACUCGCCGUCGUCUAUGGCGAAAAUAAGAAGGAUAAUAUGGAAACGCCAGCAGGAAACUCCCCAAGAAAAAUCCUGGCGACCAGAAGCAGUAACACUCCCCAUAGGCCGGCCCCGCCUCCGCCGAAAAUGUCCGUCCUUGAGACUGCGACGGCGACAGGAGGAGCGGCCACGGCAUCUCAAUCGCGCAAGAAGCGCAACCAAGUAUUGAUCAACCACAAGGCUUUCACGCGGCUGGACUGCAUUGGCCGUGGGGGAAGUUCACGGGUUUACCGAGUCAUGGCAGAGAACUACAAGAUAUUUGCGCUGAAGAAGGUGAACCUGGAGGACGUCGACCCGGUGACCCUAGCCGGCUACAAGGGCGAGAUUGACUUGCUGAAGAAACUCGAAAAUCUCGACCGCGUCGUGCGUUUGUUUGACUGGGAACUGAACUCGGACAAGCAUACGCUCAGCGUCCUCAUGGAGAUCGGGGAGUCAGACUUGGAGAAGAUUCUCACCUACCGGUUGAAUGCGGAGGACGCUGUCUUCGACAUGAAUUUCACUCGAUACUACUGGAAGGAGAUGUUGGAGUGUGUCCAGGCGGUGCACAAAUAUAACAUCGUGCAUUCGGACUUGAAGCCGGCCAACUUCCUCCUGGUCCAGGGGCGACUCAAACUGAUCGACUUUGGCAUUGCGAAUGCCAUCCAGGACAAUACCGUGAAUGUGCAUCGCGAACAACAGGUUGGGACCCCUAAUUACAUGUCCCCGGAGGCUUUGAUUGACUCGAACGCGUCGCUCGGACUGCCCGCCAGCGUGGGAAAGGUGAUGAAGCUGGGGAAGCCCAGUGAUGUGUGGAGUUUGGGCUGUAUCCUCUACAAGAUGGUGUACGGCCACCCUCCGUUUGCGAAGAUUGUCAAAUAUUACGAGCGCAUACUGGCGAUUCCGAAUCCUAACGUGAAGAUCGAAUUCCCAGCGUUCGGGGUCGGCGGAGUUCUUGUGCCGCCUGGAUUGGUGCGGACGUUGAAACGAUGCUUGCAGCGAGACCAGACGUUGCGACCGACCGUGGACGAACUCCUCGGCGACCGAGACCCGUUCUUAUAUCCGGAUGUCCAGCUGGAAGGGGCCGUUCCAAUCACGCAGGAAAUGCUCAACCGAAUCCUGGUCAAUGUGGUGAACCACUGCCGGGUGCGAGGCGUACCAAGAGAUGAAGAAUUGGCCGCAUGGCCGGCAGGAUUCUUCGCCAAAAUCAAGGCGGCCAUGGAAGAAAAUACCUGA